AUGAAUGCCAAAGCAAAGAAGACAUCAACGGGGACAGAGGCAGCACAACUACAGUCACUACUAUCACUAUUCACCAAUCACUUCCACUUCACAUCGAUAUACGAAGUAGUCUUUGGUUCAGCACUUCUAUAUACAUUCAGGCUAUUCGAGAGGACAAUGGGUUCAUCAAAGUAUAGUAUAUUCAUAUUGUCAUCAUUGAUUAUGACGACAAUGUUACAGUUGGCAUAUAUUGUAAUAUUUAGAAGGGGAUCAGCUGGAUCACCUGGACCAUAUGGACUCAUCUUUGCUGGUCUGGUACUGUUCUUCAAGGAGAUACCAUCGACACGAUGGUUCAAACUAUUUGGAUUCCCAUUCAACGACAAGAUCUUUGCCUAUCUGACGGCAGCCUCACUGCUGAUUGGCAGUAACUCCAACAUUGCCCAGAGUGUGAUGGGCAUUGUCGCCGGCACUCUCUAUCACAUCGACGUGUUCAAUCUCAAAAAGAGGAGGAUGCCCGCCGGCCUCGUCAACCUGUGCAACAAGUGGAUCCUGCCGCUGUUGCAAUCGCCCAACAAACCAACCAGUAUGCGGCCACUGAUAGAGAAUCAAAGUCGUGUACAGCAGCAGCAACAACGUAUGCAGAACAUACUGCAACCAAUGUUCAAUGCGCCACCAUCCGAGGAGAACAUCCAAAUGCUAGAGGCCAUGGGUUUCGACAGACAACAAGCCAUAAUAGCACUGCAGCGUACACAAAACGAUCUGAAUGCUGCCACCAACUUCCUACUCAGCGCCAACUAA